AUGGUUUUGCAGAAUGGAGCCGCUAAUGGCGGUGUUCAGGGAGCCGCGAAAGUCAAGCUGGAACAGGGUCCGGAGAGCACGAGGCCGCCUGUUUCGGGCGUCAGUGGACGUACUCCUGUGGUGGGUGGAGGUGCUGUGACGACGAUAAAUUCGCGUCACGCUGGAUCAGUGCCGGGAUCGGGUUCUGUACAGAGUUCAGGUGGAGAUGGCGGAGCAGGUGUCAUACGAUCUCGAGAGAUUUCUGGAAGCGCAGCGGGUUCAGGACCAAGUAGUUCGGGUCCUGGUUCGGGUGGAUUGCGGACUAGAGGUAGAGGAGGGACGACGGUGAGUAUAUUGAAUGUGGAUCCAGAGACUGAUGGCGUCGCUCCUCAGAGUUUCACAGUCGUUUCUUCGUUGCUGCAAGAGACGUAUUGGGGUCAGAACAAGUCGGACGAACCAGAUAUUGGCGGUCCAUUGGGUAAUAGUUCUGGAUCAGCUGGUAGCAAUGGCUCGGCUGGCAAUGGAACGAGUAAUGGAACUGAUAGUGGUAGUGCCGGUAAUGGUGUGACGAUAGGUGAUGUGAAUGGAAAUGGCAGUGCUAAUGGAAGUGCCUCGGCAAGUACACAUGGUACUGGGGCUUCUAAUAGCAUAAGUGGCAGCCCUGUGGUAACUGCUAUAGGAGCUUCGACUGGAGGGUCAACAACUCAUGGUGUUCUGUCUUCCAACAGUACACCAGGUGUAUCUUCGGCUAUGGAUGUGGAUGGAGCUACCAACGGUGGUGGUGCCAGUAAAGCAGUAGGUGGUGCAUCUAUUGGAAUCCUGCCUGAUUAUAAUUUCCAGGAAUAUCUCAGUUAUGAGCCAACCGACCCGCCAGAUGAACAUACUGCUGAUACACUGAUCAACAGUUUUUUGGCUGGUUCCCAAGGCCGGUUUCCUUAUAUCGAUCGUAAUGUGCUUCAGCAAACACACAAGUCGAGAUUUGAUCCUCCUCCGAACAUGGACUGCCCCAGAUACCGAUUUGCUAGUUUCACUCUUUACACAGCCUAUGCUAUUAGCAGUGUGUCCUACACACCACCACCCGGGGAGCAUCCGGAAUAUGAACCAUUCCGCUACUACGCAACUGCCCUGCACCAUGCCAAACUCUGUAAAAGCGAUAAUAUCAUGUGGAAAAUCACUGCUCUCUUAAUGUGUGCUAUGUUCCAGAUGAGAACUGAUAAGGAUAAAGGAUGUCACUAUGAUAUGGUUCGUAGGGCUAUGAAAAUAUGCGUAGAAGUGGGCCUUCACAAGGAGGUUGGUUUGGAAAAUAUGAGUAAACGCGAGCAGGAAAUGUGUCGCCGGUUGUUCUGGUCCGUGUACUCGAUGGAGAGAUUGUUCGCUAUUUCGACUGGUCGACCGUUUGUCAUGGACGAGAAGGAAAUUAAUAUCCCAUUUCCAUGCGACAUGGAUGAUAUAGACCUGCUGGAUGAAGCGAAGAUUAUUGAGCAUGAAAAGUAUAGAGACUCGGGAGAGGUGCGUCCUAAGACAUCAAUGACUUUUAUUAUCUACAUAUGGACGUUGAGACGUUUAGAGUCUGAUCUUGUACAAGCUAUUUAUCGAGUGGACCGAUCGAUUGAAGAGAGAUUCUCUCAUGUGGACUUCUACCUCAAUAAGCUAAAGCAAUGGAAGGAAAGCAAUCGUGUAACUACGCCAAAAGAACAGAACAUCACCAAUACUGCCUAUUCUCGAGAUAUCAGACUGCUUCUACAACCUUUUCUCGGUCGUUUGUCACCAGAUAGCGAUCUGUUCCAAAUGUGUGUUCGUGAAACUGGUCAUAUCUGCCAAAUAUUCCGUGACUUUUACCGGAAAAAAGAAAGUGGUUUCACGACUAUGGCUAUGCACACCAAUUUUGUUGCUGGCCUAACUUUGGUUUAUUGUUUGUGGCUUGCCAAGGAUUCGUCUAUUCUUCCAAUUCUUGAAAAUGUGCGAUCCUGUACCGCAGCUCUAUACGUUCUGACUGAGAGAUCUAGACUUUGUAUGAACUACAGAGAUACCUUUGAAAACCUCGUAUCAACGACUAUGAAGCAUAUUAUCGAGCAUCGAAGACAGAAACGCCAGCGCCGUGAAAUGGAAGAACUUGAACACCAGCGACGAUUGGAACAACAAGAACUUGAAAAGCAACAAGAAAUCGAAAGACUGCACAAAGAAGAGGAAGAGCAUAGAAAGAUGCGUGAACGUAUUGAACAAGAACGAAUUGAAAUGGUUCGCCAACGAAUGCGUCAACAGCAGCAACAGCAACAGCAACAGCAGCAGCAACAACAACAGCAACAGCAACAACUACAACUAGUAAAACAGGAGCCUGAUGAUUUAGCCAAAUCAAUCACUACAAGUCCAACUCCACUUGAUGAUAACAAACACCCACCGUUGACACGGAUUACAUCAGCUCUUUCAACAGGCUCCAUAUCAUCCACCUCUUCCACAUUCCCCGUGAUAGACAGAUCACCUUACCUACCUUCAAAUAACUGCGCAACUGGUAUUGGGGGUAGUGUAAAUGGUCUUCCAACAACAACCCCUAUGCCUGCUCCUAUUCAAAUCGCCGGUCCAGCAAUACCUGAUACUGCAGCAUCCUUUGCACAGCUUCAGACUCAAGGAGCACCUCCACCAGCCAUUACACCCCUGCCGGGAACUCUUGCAUUCAACGGACCAUCUGGCAUGGAACUACAAAAAGACUGGAUUGAGGCUUAUGGAUAUGAUGACACUUUGUACAAUAUGAUCCAGGAUAUUUCUUCCUGGACGAAACAAGUUGGCGAUGCCACGAGCCAAGCCGCUGCAGUAUCAGGAGCUGCAAUCGUGGCUAACGGUACAGUAGCUGCCACGAGCGCUGAAACUGGGGGUUGGUUCAAUGACAAUUCUACUGACAAUGCCUGGAUGAACAUUUCAGACUUUGGCUAUUCUUAA